CAGUCUUGCGUUGCUGUUGAGCGCAGCCACGCCUAUAGUUGUCUCAGCAUUAUCUCCCAUCAACUCGAAACUGAUUACAGAUCAUACCGGGGACACCUGCGGUCGCAACUAUGAGAAACCGGGCUGCAAUAAUUGUCGUUUUUCUCGCGACAGCAGGAAUAUGGAAAUGCCACACUAGCGCAGAUAACAAUACAAACUUACCAGAAGAUGUUGAACAGCUGAGAGACAAGAGAACAACUAAUCAAGGGCAAUUACCAACGGUCGGAAGAAGAAGCCGGAUCGUGUUACCAGCUGUUCCAUUUACAGCGGAGUAUUUAGAAAAAUCGCGUAUGAUUUUUCACGCUCAUCAGUUGCUGUUUGGUUCAUUAUUCGAAUACUUUAAGGGCAUCAGUAACGCACCGGCAACCGAAGAUCUGAACAACGUCCUCAAUCAAUUUAAGAAUAAUUAUGCGCAAUAUUUUAAUUUGAACACGGCUCCCAGAAAUCUACGCGAUCGCUUCUAUCAGAUUUACCACCAACGUAACGAAGUUUGCCACCAGAGUUAUUCGAUUGAAUGUUUCGAUUUGGACAAGGAAGUGCUGCUUGAGGUGGCAACAUAUCUGGCCGGCCAAGCAACCGUUUCCAACAGAAAUUCACUGGUUCAAUCGGUGACUAAUGCGCUCAACUAUCACGGCCCUUCGGUUAGGUCAUUUGGCAUCAACUGCGCUCGUUAUUCCAGCGACAGUCCUGGUAUUUCACGCAGAGCAGAGAGAACCACACGAAGACCUUUUGGAAGGUCAACCAGAUCUUUUUCUCUCAGCCGAUUACAGUUACAAAUGGCAUGACCAUCUUAUCAAUCGUUUCGUUUUCAUCGACCUUAAUUGAACGUCUUUGUUUUGUGUGAAACAUAUAUUAGUGCUUAUUUUUCUCCUUCUUUUGCUGCUUCUUUUAAAUACAAUACAUUUCGGGGA